AUGUCAGGCGUUGGCGUGCUGCAGAGAGAGGAAUACAGAGUCUCAGCCAUCCCCCGCCCUGGCUGGACCUCAAGGUUUCACACCAGCCGCCUGGCUUGCCUCAUUGCUAUCUUUAUGCCAAUCGCCCGACAAGAAAUAUCCGAAUUCGGCCCAGACGCUUUCAACAACUUUGACUUUGAGUGCAAUUAUGGCAGUCCACCUGCUGGAACCUUUGAUAGCCAGGGUUGGAACCCUGCGGUGCCCGACCCUGCGGUGCCCAAUGCUGCCAAGGAUGGAAGCCAGGAUCCCUGUGACACUGUAGAAGAUAUCCGCGUUGCGCCCGGCGCAUUUUGGAACGACCACUUGCAGAACGAACUCCUCGACGUCGUGACGGAGAAAGCCCCUGAGCCGCAAUACAAGCCCGACGAGACAAAAAUAACAGUAUCAACCUCGAAACGCGCCCAACGUUGCCUAGAGAAGCGCUUCCGUGCACUCAACAUCGACUGGAGUCCCGUAGAGAAUAAACUACGAUCUUGGAGUGACCAAGGCAGCAAUCUCACUGUUGAAGUCUGGUUCAUUUACAAGGAAGUUCAGACUGAUUCCACAAACAAAGUCGGUAAAACUGGGCGUGGCGCUACCAAGCAACAACUUGCCGCACGAGACAAACUUGUCGCUCAACAAGAGGCUUCCGGGGUGCGACCUGUGUGGAAAGACGUCUACGCGCUGUUCGAGUGUUCCAGUUUUGUCCUUCCGAAUCGUGGAUUUUCCUGCUGGCGGGAUCCCGAAACAAAGAGUCAUCGCAAAUUAGACUCAGACACCAUGGACAAACUCAUCGACUAUGCUGAAGAGGGUCAUAAACUCGAGACCCACGGCGACGUCCCGGAUCGUAUUCGCGAAGUGAUAUAUAAACAUGAAGAAGAGGAGGCAGAACGGAAAAGGCAGAAGCGAAAGGCAUCUGAUUCACUACAAAGCAUCAUUCGUAUUUGCUGCCACGGGUCUCAUGAUGGAAGCUGCCAUGAUCCAGACGCGAAUUCGUCAAAAGUCGCUCGUGUAGCUCGGCCAGACGUUCUCAAGCUCCCCGUGCCUGUGCAUAAGGCACCCGAGUUACUCUGCAAGUGGCUCUGCAACCAGGUGUCCAAUGAGAGAUGGCAGUCUGCAUACCAACUCGCCGGCAAGAUCACUGUGGAUAAUGGCUACCACUUAGGGCGUAUGUAUGAGUCGCAGGCCUUCUACGCUGAUUUGCUUGUGAAGGGCGGGGUGCUAUUGGGGAUUGCAGAUCAGUUUGUCAGUCGCAUUAGAGAAUGGUUGGACAGCCUUUGCUCGGAGUGGACUAAUCCGGUAUUCCGAAAAUGGCCUUCUGCAAUAUCGCUUCUGUCCUUAAUUGCCGCAAUGCAUGCCUUUACGUAG